UUACGGCGUCACAGAGUACUUUCUACUUUCUAGGUUUCUCCGACCGUCCACAGUAUCUCUGUGUUUCGAGUGUGUGGAAGGAAGAAAGCAGAGCGAGCGGAAGUAGGGAUACAAUGGGAGGUUCGGUGAAGGACGUGCAAUCGAAGUCGGAGCUUGAUAAUCUGCGCCAGAGUGGUACUCCUGUUAUCCUACACUUCUGGGCGUCAUGGUGCGACGCCUCCAAGCACAUGGACCAAGUCUUUGCUCAUCUCUCCACCGAUUUCCCUCUCUCCCUUUUCCUUAGGGUUGAGGCUGAGGAGCAGCCUGAGAUAUCCGAAGCUUAUUCAGUAUCUGCUGUGCCCUAUUUUGCAUUCUUGAAGGAUGGUAAGACAGUUGAUACAUUGGAGGGGGCAGAUCCAUCCAGCUUGGCCAAUAAAGUUGCUAAACUUGCUGGGUCAAUUAAUCCUGGAGAACCUGCUGCUCCUGCCAGCCUUGGUAUGGCUGCAGGACCUACUAUCGUGGAAACUGUUAAAGAGCUUGCAAAAGAAAAUGGUGCUUCUCAAUUGAAAAGUCCGGUGCAACAUGGCCUAAGCGAGGGCUUGAAAAAGCAACUGCCGCAGCUGAUUAACUCUCAUCCUAUCAUGCUAUUCAUGAAAGGAAGUCCCAAGGAGCCGAAGUGUGGGUUUAGCAGAAAAGUUGUUGAUAUUUUGAAGAAGGAAAAGGUCAAGUUUGCGACCUUCGAUAUCCUGUCUGAUAGUGAGGUUCGUGAGGGGUUGAAGUUAUUCUCUAAUUGGCCAACGUUUCCUCAGCUUUAUUGCAAAGGUGAACUCCUUGGUGGCUGUGACAUAGCAAUUGCUAUGCAUGAGAGUGGUGAAUUGAAGGAGGUUUUCAGAGAUUUUGGUAUUGAUGCUGAUGAGGCAAAAAUGACUGAGACUGGAGGCAGUAAAGGUGGCAUCUCAGAAACUAAUGGUUUGAGCGAGGUCCUUGUCUCUCGCCUCAAAGGCCUUGUUAAUUCAAGCCCAAUUAUGCUAUUUAUGAAGGGAAAACCAGAUGAACCUAGGUGUGGUUUCAGUGGGAAGGUAGUUGAAAUCCUCCGACAAGAGAAGGUGGAAUUUGCGAGUUUCGACAUCCUUUCUGAUGAUGAAGUUCGCCAAGGGCUUAAAGUUUAUUCUAAUUGGUCUAGUUACCCACAACUUUAUAUCAGGGGUGAGCUAAUUGGUGGCUCAGAUAUUGUGCUGGAGAUGCAAAAGAGUGGUGAGCUUAAGCGGAUUUUGACUGAAAAGGAAAUUAUUCUGAAAGAAACCCUUGAAGAUCGACUAAGGCAUUUGGUUAGCUCUUCCCCAGUGAUGCUGUUUAUGAAAGGUACCCCAGAUGUUCCUAGAUGUGGUUUCAGUUCUAAAGUUGUAAAUGCCCUGAGAGGAGAAGAAGUGAAUUUUGGAUCCUUCGAUAUUUUGACUGAUGAUGAGGUGAGGCAGGGACUGAAGGCCUUCUCAAGCUGGCCAACCUUCCCCCAGCUUUAUUACAAGGGUGAGCUGAUCGGGGGCUGUGAUAUUGUUAUGGAGCUGCAAAACACUGGAGAACUGAAAUCUACCCUAUCCGAGUAGUGUUAUGCGAGAUAUCAAAUAAUGCUAGACAAAGCUUCGGUUCAGUCUCACUCUCCAGGAGCAUGCAAGUGACAUUCUUGAUCAUGAAGUCUGAUAUGCCUUAAUGGUUUUCGGUGUAAUCAUCAUUUUCAAACUAUGCUUAAUUGUGAUUUAUCAUAAAGGAUUAUACUUGCUGCUUGGUUCUAUAUCCCAAGUGUCUUAAAUGUGGAGUGAUUGUUUUUUGUCAGCAAUUGAAACCCCACAUAAUAUUGUUGAAGAUUGAAAUUGGGAUUGUCGAGGUUGCAACCGACUAUUCUACCAUUGAA